UUUCGCCGAUUUUGCCUCGCGGUUAUCGGAAAAUUAAAUUUCGGAAAUCGCACAUCAAAAUGAUCGGAAUUUUAAGAAAAUCGUUAGUUUUCAGAAGUUUUUGCACCCAGCCUGUGACAAAAUUGGUUGACUCGCUCGUCUCCACACUGGACGCCGUCGACCGGAGCAGUCUCGACAAACUGCUAACAUCCGUCCCCCAGCUGACACGGUAUGGACCGGACCAGUGGCACCGUACGCACCAGCUGAUGGCCGCCGAAGGCAUCGAAUCGGACAAGUUCCUCUCGAUCGUUUCCGCCUAUCCGGAGCUGCUGGGCCGAGAUCCGGACCGUCUUGCGGGCAGUUUGCACUGCUGGCGGUCGUGCCAGUUUGGGGAUCGUCAAAUGCAAGCCCUGCUUGCGGCACACCCCCAGCUGCUCGAUUUGACCGACCAGGGCAAGUUGGCCGCCCGGGUGGCGUUUCUGCACUCGUACUUCGAGACGAGGAAAAACGUCUGGCGGUUGUUCCUGAACUGUCCCAAUUUGGUGGCGGACGACGCACAGGGCACGAUCCAGCCCAAGGUCGAGUACAUUCUGCAGCGGAUGCGCAUCGAGGUGCCGGAAGUGGUCAAGUGCUGUGCGCUGGCCGCGGAGUUGGACAUGGUGCGCUGUCGGCACGUGUUCCUGGAGCGGUUGGGCCUGUUCAAGCCGCGCAGCUUGAAGGCAGAUCCGGGCGAUCCGAACGACAAUCCGAAGCUGCACCAGAUCACGGACACCACCGACAAGCGAUUCGCCGUGAAGGUCGCCUUCGUAACGCUGGAGGAGUACGAGGCGUUUCAGGAGCUGUUUGAGAGGGAGCACAAUCGAAGAGGUGGACGGGAUGAGGAGGACGAAGACUACGACGAUGAAGAGUUCGAGGUCGCGAGGGACGACGAUUCCAAGACCAGGAAGAUGAGUUACCGGAAGAAGUCCAAGCGAAAGCACUCGUGAGUGGUGCAAUGUAAGUAGAAACGGUAAUAGAUUGUUUGAAG